AUGGCGGAGCCAUCCUGCUCCCCAGGGACAACGUCAUCUCGGAGCAACGGCAGCUCCAGUGUGUCCUACACCAGCUUCCUCCUGGUGGGCUUCCCGGGGCUGCAGGACUCCCGUGCCCUCCUGGUGUCGCCCUUCCGCAGCCUCUACGGGGUGAUCAUCUCUGCCAAUGCGCUGGUCAUCCACACGGUGGUGGCCCAGCAGAGCCUGCAUCAGCCCACGUGCCUGCUCGUCGCCCUGCUCCUGGCUGCCAACAUCAGUGUUGCCACCGCCGUGGUGCCCGCCAUGAUGUUCAGCUUCUCCACCCACCUCAACCGCAGCUCCCUGUCUCAUCUGCUCCAGAUGUUCUGCAUCUACUUCCUCAUUGUCUUUGACUGCAACAUCCUGCGGGUCAUGGCCCUGGACCGCUAUGUUGCCGUCUGCUACCCUCUCCGCUACCCCAAGAGAGUGACGGGCCAGGUGCGGCCAGGUGCCGGCUGGCCUGCUGGGGGUGGCACCUGCAUUGGAGCUCCGGUGGUGGGGCUGGCCUCCCAGCUUCGCCUCUGCCGCUCAGACGUAAUCCACCACUUUGCCUGUGAGCACAUGGCCCUCAUGAAGCUCUCCUGUGGGGACAUCUCCCUGAACAAGACUGGGGCUCACAGAGUACUGGACGUGCUGCUACUUGGAGCUUCCUACUCCCGCAUCAUCCACACCGCCUUCUGGAUUUUGUCCGGCAGAGCACGUUCCAAGGCCCUGAACACCUGUGGCUCCCACCUGCUGGUCAUCUUCACAGUCUAUUCUUCCACCAUGUCCUCACCCAUCGUCUACCGGGGGGCUCGCACCACCUCCCAGGACGAGCACAACCUGCUCAGCGCCCUCUACUUGCUGCUCCCGUGUCUAGUAAACCCCAUCAUCUAUGGAGCCAGGACCAAGGGAAACAGGCAGCACCUGGCAACUCUGUUCCAAAGGGCACAGCUACCAGCACGGUCUCUGCCCUCGCACAGGGAGCUUCCUGCCUGA